AUGAGACCGACGCAAGCCCUCUCCGUGGGCCGCUACCGCCACCUCAAGCUCACGACCAAGGACGUCGGCCGCGGCUUCUACAAGGGCAACCGGACGGGCUCCAUGGGCCGACACACAAAGUACGGAGGAUACGUCAUCGAGUGGAACAAAGUGCGGACCUACGCCGUGCCGGACCUGAAGGAGUUCAAGCUCACGCCGUUCGUGUCGCGGCAGAUCAAGGCGCAGUCGGGCGACUACAAGGGGCUGGAAAAGGGACCGCAAGACCCGUACUUUUACGUCGAGCAGUGGAAGCGGUACAAUGGCGUGGAUUGA